GGGGCAGGGGGGCUUCGUGUGUCUCCGGCGCGCGUCCUCCGCGCGGGCCGGGUUCGGGCCCAGCGGGCAGCACGAAGGACUCGCCGCCCGCCUGGCGACGACCGGCCGCUUCCUCCACCCGCCCCGGCAAGAGCCCGCGCGGCGCCCAGAGGCGUCCCGGCGCCGCUCUACCCAGGGCAGGCUCCCGUCAGCGCCAGGGCCCCGAGAUAUCUGAGCCGGACUCUGGCCGCGCGGGGAGGCCACCUUGACCCCGCGCGGAGUGUCCUCCCGGUUAUUGUGUCAGCCGCCCCGGCUCGGGCUCUGCCAAGGGACCCGGCCUGCUCCUAUGCGGCCGGCGGGCGGUGCCCGGCCGACCCUGCACUUGACUGCGAGGGGCGGGAAAUGGCCGGGUCACUCUAUCCGCCUCCCAGCGCGGCUUCUGUCUAGGUUAGGAUGGCUAACUGGUUGGCUUCCCACAUGGUGCCCUACGUCUACACUACACCUUAAAGAAGCUGAAGAGAAGAUGUUAAAAUGUGUCCCUUGCACAUACAAAAAGGAACCUGUUUGUAUAUCUAAUGGAAAUAAAAUAUGGACACUGAAGUUCUCUCAUAAUAUUUCAAAUAAGACUCCACUUGUCCUUCUCCAUGGUUUUGGAGGAGGUCUUGGGCUUUGGGCAUUGAAUUUUGGAGAUCUUUGCACCAACAGACCUGUCUAUGCUUUUGACCUAUUGGGUUUUGGACGAAGUAGUAGACCCAGGUUUGACAGUGACGCAGAAGAAGUGGAGAAUCAGUUUGUGGAAUCCAUUGAAGAGUGGAGAUGUGCCCUAAGAUUGGACAAAAUGAUCUUGCUUGGGCACAACCUAGGUGGAUUCUUGGCUGCUGCUUACUCGCUGAAGUACCCAUCAAGGGUUAAUCAUCUCAUUUUAGUGGAGCCUUGGGGUUUCCCUGAACGACCAGACCUUGCUAAUCAAGACAGACCAAUUCCAGUUUGGAUCAGAGCCUUGGGAGCAAUAUUGACUCCUUUUAACCCUUUAGCUGGCCUAAGGAUUGCAGGACCCUUUGGUUUAAGUCUAGUGCAGCGUUUAAGGCCUGAUUUCAAACGGAAGUAUUCUUCAAUGUUUGAGGAUGAUACUGUGACAGAAUACAUCUACCACUGUAAUGUGCAAACUCCAAGUGGUGAGACAGCUUUCAAGAAUAUGACUAUUCCUUAUGGAUGGGCAAAAAGGCCAAUGCUCCAGCGAAUUGGUAAAAUGCACCCUGACAUUCCAGUUUCAGUGAUCUUUGGCGCCCGAUCCUGCAUAGAUGGCAAUUCUGGCACCAGCAUCCAGUCAUUACGACCACAUUCAUAUGUGAAGACAAUAGCUAUUCUUGGGGCAGGACAUUAUGUAUAUGCAGAUCAACCAGAAGAAUUCAACCAGAAAGUAAAGGAGAUCUGCGACACUGUGGACUGAACACGCUAAAGCUCUUACGGGAAAACCUGGUGACUGAUAGAAUUGUUCAGCAAUAAUGCAUAGUCUAUGCUGAAGAGUAAUGAAUACAACACAAGAACCAGACAGCCUUCUUGACUAUACUUUGCACGUGUUUUCUUUAUGAAUUCACUUGCACAUUUAAACCAGUUAGUGCCUUCUAGAAGAAUGGCUUUCCUUUCUCCUACACAAAAUUGAAAUAUACAAGUCUCUAAAUUUAAUACCUUCAAAUAAAAGGUUGUUUGUCCCUUUGAUGUACUGAAAAACUGUAAUUUUUCAGCUGAAAAUUUUUUAAUCUAACUUUGCUAGUCAGAUACUUUCUAUAUUGCAAUCUAUAUUGCCAAUUUUGGAAGUGAUUUCUGAGUCUCUAAUGUUAUACUGUAAAGGUGCACUUUAUUUUGUCUUCUUAAUCAAGUAUUUAUUGUGUCUAAUAACUGAUAAUCUGAAUUCAAUGUGUUUUUAUGUCAAAAUUUGUCAGUUUAGGAUAUUUCACUUUGUUUUUGAAAUGAAGUGACAAGGCAGAUUUUUGCUUAAAGGAUGGGAGUUGAUCACUAGCAUAACUUUUCUGGUUUUCCUCUUUUUUAUAUUUAAGGCUGCUAAGCCUAAUUCAGCAUCUUAAAUGUGGACUAUCCUGACAUACACAGUGUAUAACAACAUAGUUCCUUGGAACCUUCUAUGUGUGGUAUAAUUCUGCACUUCCAAGGAGCAUGACUUCAAUAAUUCAGUGAUUCAGGUACUGAAAAGCCUCAACUAAAAGGCUGUCCUUUGUUUCCCCUUUUAAUACUAUUCUUUUCCAUGACCCAGGAUGCAGCAAGUGGAACAAAUUUCUUCACCUAAGGGGAUAGUAAGACUGUUACUUCCUAUUAAGCCAAAUAAUAUAUUUUUGUUAACAUCUAACUUUCGUAGAUUGGUGCUAAAACUGUAUACAUUUAAUCACUAAAAUGUAAAAAAAGUGGUGCUGUUAUGUCUCAUGGCACCAGAAAUGAGCUAGCACUUGGGUUUGGUUGGUUUGUUUUUUUUUGUUUUUUGUUUUUUUGAGACUUACUCUGUCACCAAGGAUGGAGUGCAAUGGCACAAUUUUGGCUCACUGCAACCUCCGCCUCCCAGGUUCAAGCAAUUCUCCUGCCUUAGGCUCCUGAGGAGCUGGGACUACAGGUGCACGCCACCAUGCCCAGCUAAGUUUUGUAUUUUUAGUAGAAACAGGGUUUCACCAUGUUGGCCAGGCUGGUCUUGAACUUCUGACCCUGUGAUCUGCCCGCCUCGGCCUCCCAAAGUGCUGGGAUUACAGGUGUGAGCCACUGUGUCUAGCCUUAGCACUUGGUUUUGUUGUUGUGUUGUUGUUUUAUUAAGAGUAUUGUAUUAAUUAAAUCAUUACAUAUUUGAAGUGAUAUUACAAAAAUGCUAAAAGAUUGAUUGAACUUUUUUUUUUAGGAAAUGCAAUCAAGUGUACAUUUUUUUUUUUUGCAGUUUUAAAAUUAGGAAAACUUCUUUGAAACUGUGAAAAAGCUCCAUGUGGCAACUGGCUGCUGAGAGAACCCUUCACUAAAUAAAUAAAUAAAUAAAUAAACAAAAACUGAAUAGGAUUGUCACCAACAAGGCAUCUUUGGCUAACAUUGCUUGUCUAGGAGAAAGGUAGCUAUGUAAAUAAAUAACAAUGAACUAGAGCAAAUAAUGGUUUAAUGGUUUUGUUUAUUGCAUUUUUAAAAUGAUUAAUUAGGGAAUUUGUAGUUGUUAGGAAAUGUAAGGUUUUAUCACUGUUGAUUAACUGCCAGAAAGACUGAAUGUUCUAUUUUCAACAUUUCUCCCCCACUAAAGAAUAAGCAAAUCAUACUGACGCAUAGUAUAAACAUCUUCCCAAUGAACAAUUUGUCUCACUUGUCAGAUUAGGUUAGUGCAAGAAGGCAACAUGAGAAUCACGAUGUGUUGUCUGAUUUCUCUACCUUAAGAACAAUAGUAGUCUUUUUAGUUAGUAUCUUAGAUGGCCAGGUUUCAAACCUGUAUGUGGUACAAAUAAUUCGGGUAAUAUUUUUGUUUUACAUACUCUCUAAUCUCAAUUAUCCUUUGCUGGGAGAAUGACAGGUUUCACUUACACAGGAAGGUUUUUGUGCAGGAAACUUGGUCCCAGCCCUUGGAGGGAAGAAGUUCCUUGGUUUACUUAGUAAAUAGAGUUUCUGGCCACAGAUGUGCCAAGUGAUUCAAGAAAAAGAUAUGCCCAAAUAUAAAGUGAAACUUAAUUUUCCUACAACUGAAUUUGAUUUAUUUGAAAGAUGUUAUAAUGCUUUUUAAAGUUAGAUUUUACCCUGAGGUGUAGUAUGUGUAAUUUUGUGAAGAUUGAGCUAGAAGAGAAGUUCACAAACUUCACAUUUUAAAAAAUACAGUGGGUGCUAAAUGUUUUCUUAAAAAUCUAUUACAGCAUUUGAUCUUUGCUUACUUAUGCACAGUGUGCUUUUAUUUUACAGAAUAAAUUUUACUGUGAUAGUCAAAACGAGACAGCUGUAUAUUUUCUUGAGUCUUUUAUAUGGACCAGUUUCUGUUUAAUAGUUAACUACAGGACCAUGGAUCCAGUGAAUAUUCAGUAAAUGCUGCUGUUGUUCUUAGGGAAGUCUUCUCUGGGUGUUGUGGCCACCAUGCAUAGCUUUACCUGUGUCUAUGCAUUCCAUUAAGAUAACUUCUGUUUUAUAUUUUUUCUUCUAAGACUAAUUUUCCAAAAAAAAAUAAGUUGCUUAGGAUUGGUUUUAGUAUAUUAUUUGGAGAACACUUUUGAAAUGCUUCGUUCAUAUGGAUAAUAUAUAUUGAAAGGGCCAUACCAGAUUUCAAUAAAACAAGACGUUUUUCCUGUACCAAGGUACUAGAAGGAAUAAACAAAAAUAACCAGAAGGUCCUAGAAAAAAAACAAUGUUGAAGGAGGGAUAACCUAUUAAAUAUUAUAACAUACUGUUAAUAUGAGAAGUCUAGCAAUUUUAUAUAUGAUAAAGGAAGCAUCUCAUUCAUAGAGAAAAAGGCUUUAAAAAUGGUGUUGAGACAAGUGUGGUUAACCAUCUGGAAAAGAAAUGAAAUUGAAUCCGUUUUUCACAGAGUACACAGGAUAAAAUCUGAAUAGAUCAAAGACCCAAUUUUAAAAAUGAAAAUCUCUAACUGGAAGAAAACAUAGAUUAAUUAUUGUAUAAUCGGCAGUGAGAAAAACUUUUCUAGGACUCAAAAUUCAGCAGCAAUAUAAAAAUUUAUAUAUUUAACUAAAAAGAAGAAUUUUCAGCCAGAUGCAGUGGUUCAUGCCUGUAAUCCUGGCAUUUUGGGUGGCUGAGGCAGAAGGACUGCUUGAGACCAGGAAUUCAAAACCAACCUGGGCAACCUAGUAAAACUGGCUCUACAACAACAACAAAAAAAUUAAGUACCUGGGCUGGGUCCCACCUACUUGGGAGGCUGAACUGGGAGGACUGUCUGAGCCCAGGAGUUUGAGGAUACAGUAAACAAGCCAGUGCACUCCAGCCUGGGUGACAGAGAAGAAGACAAACUUUUUUGGAUAGCUGAAAAUAUUUGCAGCUUUUAUCACAAGGGGCUAAUUGUAGCCCUAUAUAUGAAGAAUUAUAAACUUUGAGAAGAACCAGAAGACUAGGCAAAAAGAUAUGAGCAGUCAGUUCACAGAAAAUAAAAUGCAAAUGACCUUUAAACAUAUGAGGAUAUGCAUAAAAAGACAAAUGCAAAAUAAAAUAAAAUAAUGGAAAUACCUUUCUUACCUGUCAGAUUGGGGAAAAAUCCAAGUUAGGCAAUGCAGUCUGUUGAGACAGUAGGGAAACAGGCGCUCUUAAGAAGUACAGAUCCCUGUGGUUGGUGUUUGUUAAUAACUAGCAAAAUUGAAUGAGUAUAUCCUUCAACCUGGCAGACCUGCUUCUAAGAAUAUGAGAUGCAUUUGCAAGAAUAUAAAAUGGUAUAUGCACAAAGAUCUUGAUUACAGCACUAUUUCUGACGGCUACAGAAGCCAACCAAAUCUCCACUGAUAGGGGAUUGAUGGAAGAAACUAGGGUGUAUCUAUACAAUGGAGUACUGCACAGCUGUAGAAAGGACUGCGAACUAUUUUUGUAGUUCUAAUGUGGAGAAAUCCCCAGUAUAUAGGAAAUGAAAAAUGUAAAUUACAGAACAGAAUGUAUGGUGUGCUAUCUGUUGUAUAACAGAGACAAAUGGAAAAACAAUUGGUAUUUGAUUUUUUUUAUAAAGCAAUAGGAUUAGUUAUACCAAUAACUAAUAAAAUGAUCCCCUUAUUAGUAGUGGUAGAGAGCUAUACAAGGAUGGCAGCUGUUUCUGUAUCUUGUGUACCUUUUACUUGAGACCUUGUCAAUGUUUUAUAUAAUAAACAUUUUUUGAAAAGGCAACUCUUAAAACUAAAACAGACUUAACAGUGUGUCAAGUUGGUGGUAUAGCCCCACAGAAGAAUUACUUCAAGUGACUUGAAUGCCUAGUAUUUUGUCUGUACUUUGCUAAUGGAAUAUAUCCUACAGACCAAACAACCACAAAUAAAUCUUAAACUGCA